GAACGCUCACCAUUGGCCCUGCUGAUCUCGCAUAUAAUCUCUGCUCGUAUGUCUCUUUACCUCAUCAGGAUACUAAUCAGUAGUCUUGCGUCUUCACCCUCACAAGUUCUUAGAAUACAAACAAAACUCAGUAUCUGCACGUAAAUUAAUUUGAAAAUUAUCCUCCUACCCAUCCCAGCAUCCAAUCUGAAGUAUCAUUAACUCAGUGCUUCAACCCAAAUGUGCCUCUAGUUCCCAUAGUGGAGUGUUGACGUGGAGGAGUGACUAAUAGUGUUCCCAACAAAAAGGAUAAAUCAGUGAAAACAAUAACAUUUUCAAUAAGAAUGAACAAGACGUGUGCGCGUUGUGAGAAAACGGUUUAUCCGAUCGAGGAACUCAAGUGUCUCGAUAAGACAUGGCACAAACAAUGCUUCAAGUGCCAGGGAUGUGGAAUGACGUUAAAUAUGCGCACCUACAAAGGCUUCAAUAAACAGCCCUAUUGUGAAGCGCAUAUACCAAAGGCGAAAGCAACUACCAUGGCAGAGACACCUGAGCUAAAACGCAUAGCAGAGAAUACAAAAAUUCAAAGUAAUGUGAAGUACCAUGCGGAAUUCGAAAAAGCGAAAGGAAAAUUUACGCAAGUUGCUGACGAUCCUGAGACUCUGAGGAUCAAACAGAAUAGCAAAAUCAUUUCAAAUGUGGCAUAUCACGGUGAGCUUCAGAAAAAGGCCAUUAUGGAGCAAAAAAGAACGAUGACUGGUGAAAAUGGUGAACAAAUAGAGUACGAAGAGUAUACGGAUGGAAUAAUAGCUCCGGCAACGAGUGUUAACGCAAAUGCAGUGUCGACCAGAAUGGCCAGCCCUGUACAGCGAACACCCGGGAGAAUCGCUGAUUACGAUCCACUGACUGAGGCGAGACCUAGUCCUUAUUCUGCGCGACAAGCUGCGACAACUGUCAUUUAUACCAGUGACAAGGGGGCAGUGACGAACCUACCAGCAAGAAAAAUCGGUUCCGUAGCAGAUAUUGAUCCUGUAAAUGAGUAUUAUGGUUCUCUGACACCUGCAUCGAAUAACAAUCAUGUCCUUCAGCACCAACCAUCAUCUUUACCACCUGCAAAUACGUUGCGAGUUUACCGAGCGAUGUACGAUUACGAAGCGCAGGACUCUGAUGAAGUGAGCUUUUGUGAUGGAGACCUUAUCAUAAAUUGCACAGCAAUCGAUGAGGGAUGGAUGACAGGCCUGGUACAACGAACUGGACGUCAUGGAAUGCUGCCAGCAAACUAUGUUGAGCCAGCACAAAUUUAAAUGUUGUUGUUGGUGAUUUUAUUUUUUACAGAGUCUAUGCAUUUUAAUGUAAUUUGUUUACUCGGACGCAAAAUGUUUUAAGAAAAAUUUUCUACUGUAACCAGCAUAUUUGCAAAAAAAAAGAAUUUUAAUAAUUGUUUGCUAAAC